GCAGGAAGUGUGCCCACUGCUCCCAUGUGUCGUAGUUGGAUUGCUCAUUCAUUCUUCACACAAUAACUUUGCUAGUUUAUGUUUUCACGGGACGCCGGAAUUAUUGUGCUUUUAGGAUAGAAUAAUUUGUGAUAUUUCUCAAAGGCUAAAUUUUAUUGUCUGUAGUUGCGACUGCUAGCUAACGUCGAAACUGCACUAAAGUUGCGUGCGUGUUUGCAGUUUGUCGCUUGUGAGAAUUUGGAGCGCGUUUUCUGGAUGAUGAAAAGUGCAGUGGACACUGACAUGAUCAAGGAGAACCGCUGGAAUAUCCCCCCAAAUGCUCCUGCGUGCAUGGAGAAGCACCUGUGUGCCGCACAGUACAGAGCAGAUGGUACCCUCCUUCUGGGUGCCUCUGGCCUGACUGGCAGGAGCUGGCAGGGAUCUGUGUGGAUCUACACUGACCGCGAACAGGCCCCCAACGAGGGUUUCUGCAAAGCUGGCGUUCAAACUGAGGCUGGUGUCACCGAUGUGAAAUGGGUGUCAGAGAAAGGAGUUGUUGUAGCGUCAGAUUCAGGUGCCUUGGAGCUCUGGGAACUGGCAGAAGACGAGCGCCUGCUGGUGAACCGCUUCACCAAAUACGACCACGAUCAUGUGGUGACCACAGUGAGCCCUAUUGCUGGAGCAAGCAGUGUUGUCACUGGCAGUAUGGACUGCAGAAUUAAAGUCUGGGAUCUUAACCAGGAAACGGUUGUUACUACUUAUAAUGCGCACACAGAUGCAGUAAACUGUGUUUCCUGCAGUCCAACAGAUGAGUCACUCUUCGUCUCCUGCAGCCAAGAUGGCCGUGUGCUGAUGUGGGAUAGAAGGAAGCCGAACAAGCCUGCCACAAGAAUAGCUGUAGAGUCCCCCAGCUGCUCUCCCACCGCCGUAGUCUGGCACCCUCAUCACAGAAGUACCAUUGCUUUUGGUGACGAGUUGGGACGAGUGACGGUGAAGGAGUUCCUCGGACUGGAGGCGGCUCGGAUGGAGACUGUUCACACGCGCAGAGUCAACAGACUCGCUUAUUCCACUCACAGUGCCCCAUUCCUUGCGUCUAUCAGUGACGACUGUUCUCUCGCUGUUGUGAACGCUGAGCUGCAAGAAAUAUUUCGAGAUCGUCAACACCAGGACUUCGUCAAAGGCGUGUGCUGGCUCCAGGGUGACUCCACCAGCCUCACUACCGUGGGCUGGGAUCAUCUUGUGCUUCACCACACGGUGGAUGCAGCUGCUGGAGCUGCCAGCUCCUCCUCUUAGACCUUGUCACCUCCCUUCUUCUCAGAAUGAAUAUGCCUGAAGACAGUAAUAUCAGACAUCGGAGCUUACAGUGUUGACUUGGUAAAAUGAAGUCUGUAAAUACAAACUCCAGACACAUGAAAGGCAAUGGUGAAAUCAUUUGUGCUUGUUGUCUGAAAUAUGUGACACAUUUACUCCCAACUGUUAAACACUCGGGACAUCUUCAUAUGUUUGCUGUGUCAGUGGACUUUUACCAUUCUGUUUACCAUUUCCAUGUCUAAUUCAACUGAAGAUACAUUGAUAUUGUAAUUUUACAAUAAAGGAACCUCA